GUGCCCUAAAAUUGAAACUUUAUUUUCUUCGCCAUCAUAAGCAUGUGGAUCAAAAUUUUUUCACCACUAAAUCGGCCAUUGAAUACUGUCUAUGUGACAUUAUCUGAAUUUCCAAAAAUCUCACUUUCGUUUUUUCGCCUAAUUUCCAUGUGGUUGCUCACUGUGUAGAACGCUUGAACGACAACUCCGAUCUUAAUGAAACCGAACCAAAAAAAAUGGAAGAUACAAAAAAAGCGAAGGAUCUUUUGGAAAACUUGCUGUACGGUUCGGAAGUAUUUACGCAUUCACCAUAGAUGGAAAACAUCUAGAUAAACAUUCUGUAAAGGUUUGGACAAAUUUGAAGUUGGGAUGUGAAAGGGGCCAUCAUUUUACUGAAACUAGUCAUUCGAAAAACACUUAGCGUAGGAAGAAAAAUAAUUUUUCCGAAUAGGAAAUAGUCAGAAGAAAAAUUUUUCGUAAAUCGAUAGAGUGAAAGGUGUAGUUUCAGAUUAUAUAAGAGUUUCUCACUAAUAUGGUGCACUUUGAAUAGUACCUGCUUGUUUUCCAGAGAAGCUCGGUUUAACUAUUUCGUCUGACUCAAAAAAGUCAUUUGAGCGGUGCGACGAGUACUCAGAAAUGAGCCCUCGGCGACCGCUCAUCGAAUGCAUAUUUUCGAACACUCAAAAUACCCCCCGAACAAGUGGUUAGGUUAUAUUUCUUAUUUCAUUAAUCUGACAGCUCCUUCAUAUUGUCGUUUGAUAUCGUGAAUGUCUAAAAUGUUGGUCUCUUGAAGAAUUUGUUCAUCACCUUUACUUUAGAGGAUCACUUAAACUCAAUUCAGGAGCAUCAAAAUUUAUUUGAAGUAAAAUACAAAACUGAACUUGAAAAACAACAAGAACUAUUUGAACAAUCACAACAAUUAUUGGAAAAUAAAAUAAAACAAAAUGAUGAAGAAAAUAAAGUUAUCAUAGAAAAUUUCGACAAAAAACUUCAACAAUUAAAGCAAAGUCAAAUGUCGUCGUCGCAAACAGAACAAGAAUUAUUUGAUCGAUUAAUAAAAAUUGAGCAUGAAAAACAGAAUAGUCAUCUUGAACAAAGAUUUAAAAUUCAACAAGAGCUGUUCGAUGAAAAGCAAAAAUUAAUGGAGACGAUACUAGUUGAAAAUAAAGAAAAGUAUAAAAAUCUAGAAGAAAAACUUCAACAAAUAAAACUGAAUCAAAUUUAUUUAAUACAACAAAUACAACCAAAUCUUACAACAAAUCUGUACAAAUUAGGAUUUGGAUUUCUUGUUAUGCUCUUAUUUUUCGUAUUUCUCAGAUAUCAAUUGCAUCUACAAGAGCAAAGAAUCAAAACUGAAUUUGAAAAACAAUUAAAUGAAAAAUUACAAUUAAUAAAGACAAAAAUAAUCGAAGAUGAAGAAAACAGUAGAAAACAAUAUUAUGUAGAACUGGUAAAAGAAGAAAUUGAGCAAAGAACUUAA